CUCAAUGUUCUUCCUAGGUUGUAUCGCUCAUGUGCUAGACCAAUACUGUGUGGCCUGCGACUCUGCUAUUAGAUUUGGCAUGAGAGGUACUGAGAAAGAAAAUGUGAAAUAUUCCGAAUUACAUGACUGGAAGCCAGCAGCUUUGGUACAUGUGCUCGACAUUUCAAGUUCAUAGGCGAGGACAUCGCAGCUACGCCGCAUUAGCUCAUACUAUUGCUGUCUUCUCAAUCAGUGGAACACAGAGACCAAGUUGGACCAAGACUUCCGAUUUCCUCUUUUCUUUGCAUAUUACGACAUGCUUGGAUCAUUGCACUUCUGCAAUCCAGCUGUUGCUGUGAAGAAUUUAUUUCGCGGUAUUACUUCAUGAGAUCACUAGAGACAUCUCGGUGACGGGAUUGGUCAGUUAACCGAUACGCCAAGAACCACACAGAACUUCCUAAACUCAGUCGCCCCUCCCCUUCACAACCUUCCGCGUCCACGCUCUCGCUCAGCCCAUUGUACAAGUCCACGCCGGAACAUCCAGAAAAACAACUCUCCAUAAUCCAUCAACAUGGUUCUCGCAGUUGACCUCCUCAACCCCAGCCCGGCCGCUGAGGCCAAGAAGCACAAGCUCAAGACCCUCGUGCCCGCCCCCCGAUCCUUCUUCAUGGACGUCAAGUGCCCCGGCUGCUUCACCAUCACCACCGUCUUCUCACACGCCAACACCGUCGUUGUCUGCCAAGGCUGCUCGCAGGUGCUGUGCCAACCUACCGGUGGCAAGGCACGAUUGACCGAGGGCUGCUCUUUCCGAAGGAAGUAGACGAUUCCAGUGGGAGCGAUGACAGGAGGAUGAUGGUUUACGACGACAAU